AUGGAGGCUCUAAGAGAGCGUGAAAAUAGCAGGCGAGGAAUUCGAAUAGAAGUAAGUAACGAGUCGUGUCCUUUUGCGUAUGCUUGUAUACCGACAGCACGCAAGAUCGAAGUGGGUGAGAAUCAAGUCAUAACACGCAACCAAGUAAUCGUGCAAAUUAGAAUCGGACUUCUUCACGGCGAUGUGCAAAUUUCCGUGCGGUUAGGUUUCGCGUCUAGUCUAUCUGCGUUCGCCCGUGCCCUUCCACCCGUCGCCGUACCCGUCGCCGUGCGCAUCGAAGAGGCGCCAGCGUGUGCGAUAUGCCUGCAGGUGCUGGGGACCAAGGGCGGCCCGUCGUCGCUGCCGUGCGGCCACAACGGCUGCCUCGACUGCCUCCUGCAGGUGCAGCGGUCGCAGGUGUCGCCCCACUGCCCCAUCUGUCGCGCGCCGUUUCGCAAGACGAUGGUCAUCAAGCUCAACUGCGACCUGCGCGACGCCCUGGCGAACAUUCAGCGGUCGCAGGACGAGGCUCGGCGCGCUGCGCGGGAGCUGGAGAAGGAGAAGGAGCGGACGGAGGUCGCGGAGCGAGCAGCGGAAGAGGCGAGUGCGGCAGCGGCCGCUGCUAUGCGAGGGAGGGCCAUGCGAGUCCCCUGCAACUCUCCGCUCUAUCCGACCAGUGCCCAGCCUCCCUCCGCGCCCCUCCGCUCCGCCACCGGUCCCUCCCCCGGGGGGAACAACUCCUUCCCCCCGUCCGCCGCGUACGGCGGUUUCCCCAGCCCUCACAACGGCUUCCCCGGCCCGCACGUCGGCGGCGCCAUCGGCGGCGCGAUUGGCGGCGCGAUUGGCGGCGCGAUUGGCGGCGGCAGUAGCAUCGCCUCCAGCAUCGGCAGCAGCGGCGCGCGCGCCAUGCGCGGGGUGUUUAGCAGCAUGGUGGAUCGUGUUAAAAGCCGCGCGCGCGAGCGCGAACAGUUCUUCUACGCCCCGCACCCCUCCGCGCCCUCCGCUUCACCCGCCAGCGGCGGUGGAAUCGGCGCAAGCAGCGCGGAUGAAGGGGAUGAUGGGAGUCCGCCUAUUGAAGGCACAUGGCUCCGCGGGGGGAACGGAAGGAGGGGAAGAUCAGAUGCAGCAGCGAUUCAGGCGCAUCCUCACUACCAAGGAUUCGUUAAUGGUAAAGCGCCUCCGCCAGGGUUCGCGCAGGAUUACCAGCUGCAGCAGCAGGGGCAGGGGGAGCAGGGCGGGCAGGGGGGGCUAUGGGCGCCGCUGCAUGCGCCCAGCGCUCCCGCGCACUUGGACGGCGCGGGGUGGGGGGAGGAUGCGGGGGAGGACGAUGGGGGAAGCGGUUCUGGGCUUUGGGGACGCGAUGGGGAGGUUGCGCCUUGGGAAGGGGGGAUAGGGGGAGGGAUGGGCGGAAUGGUGGGCGGAGGAGUGGGCGGAGCGGUAGGGGGAAGGACGUUUGAUGAGCUGUGGGCGGCACUGCCGCCCGAGUGGGUGCCGGAUAGCGGGUCUACGAGGUGCAUGGUGUGUGAGGAGCCGUUUCGGCCUCUCGUGCGCACCAGACACCACUGCAGGUUCUGCGGGUUGCUCCUCUGCCACAACUGCAGCGCGCGCACGUGCCUGCUGCCUCCGCUCUUCCGGGAAUCUGAGCCCCAGCGCGUGUGCGACCGCUGCUACGACCAGCUGGAGCCGCUGCAGCCGCAGCUCGUCGUCACCGUGGCAGGCGCAGCACAGCGCGCACUGCACGAUGUGACCGAUGCAACUAGCGUGCGCGCGUGGGUGAAUAACCCGCUCGCGUGGAGCCUGCAGGAGGAGAUUUUCAAGGCCACGAACACGCUCCGCGGGUACUCCCAGGUGGGAAGGCUGAACCCGGAGCGCUCAAUCCCUGCAGCAGUGCUGGGUGGCGCGGUGGGGCUGGCGAUUCUCACGGUGGCCAAGGCGGGCGUGGGGGUGACGUACCGAGUGGGCACGGGGCUAGUGGUGUGCCUCAAGCCCGACCGCCAGUGGAGCGCUCCCUCUGCGAUCGCCACUGCUGGCAUGGGCUGGGGCGCACAGAUGGGUGGUGAGAUCGCGGAUCUGAUAGUGGUGAUUCGCAGCCUCGAGGCAAUGAAGGCCUUCUGCAGCCGCUACCACGUGGCCGUGGGCGCCUCUGCCAGCGCUGCUGCCGGGCCCGUGGGGCGCGCUGUGGAGGCAGACGUGCGGGCAGGGGGCACGGGCUUCUCCACCUGCUACACGUACAGCUGCAGCAAGGGAGCAUUCGUGGGCAUGUCAUGGGAGUCGAGCGUGGUGGCGUCAUGCUCAUCGGUGAAUCGGCGCUUCUACGGCAUGCCAGUCACCACCACCGACAUCCUCUUUGGCCGCAUCGCACAGCCCACUGCCGCGCGCCCUCUCUACGACGCUCUGAGGGACCUUUAUGACUCGAUCUCUGCGCCGCCGCCGCCGGGCGACAAGAGGAUCGAGGAGAUGUUCAUAUAG